UCCAUUACUUGCUUAUUCAAAAAUUAACAGAAAUGGUUGAUUCUCUCAUUUUCGCUUUCAACAAUGCCAUAAUCGUAAUGUUAGUGUAAGAUCGUUGAAAUCUUAAUCUUGAUCGCUUCUUCUUCUUUCUUCGAUUCCUCUCUCUCAGUGUAACGAACAUGGACGAAGAUUUUCAGAAGCGUAACACCGAUUGCGUUUAUUUCUUGGCUUCACCUCUCACUUGCAAGAAGGGUGUAGAAUGUGAGUAUAGGCACCAUGAAAUUGCGAGGCUCAACCCGAGGGAUUGUUGGUAUUGGUUAUCUGGGAAUUGUCUUAAUCCAACUUGUGCUUUUAGACACCCUCCUGUGGAUGGACACACUGGAGUGCCAUCUGAACCUACACAAUCUUCAUUACCUGCAACUGCAAACAAGACAAUGGUUACCUGUUACUUUUUCUUCAAUGGGUUUUGCAACAAAGGUAGCAAAUGCUCAUUUUUGCAUGGACCUGAUGAUAGCUCACUCACUGUAAAGCCUUUGAAGAAUGACACUGUAAAGCCCUUGAAGAAUGACACUGCCAAGCCUUUGAAGAAUGACUCAGCAAAGCCUUUAAAGAAUGACUCUGCUAAGCCUUUAAAGAAUGACUCUGCAAAACCUUUGAAGAUUGACACUGUGAAGCCUUUGAAGAAUGACUCUGCAAAACCUUUGAAGAUUGACACUAUGAAGCCUUUGAAGAAUGACUCUGCAAAACCUUUGAAGAUUGACUCUAUGAAGCCUUUGAAGAAUGACAAUGGAAGCAUUAAUAAACCCAACUUAGAAAAUGGAACUGCAUCGGGAAAUAAAACAAGUGUAGCAUCAUCCACACCAAGGGAUACCAUUACCCGAAAAGCUUUGUCCAAUAUUAAACCUCAGCCUAAGGAAGAUCUUCAGCUACCAUUACCCGAAAAUGUUAAACAGCAAGGUGAUUGCUUCAAAAUUUCUUCUUUGGACUAUAAAGAAGCUGUUGUGACUCGGUCAGACUCUCCAUUACCAGAAGACGGCUUUGCUCAUAACAUGUCUCCUUCAUGCACUGAGCAGAGUUCAGAGGAGCAAGAAAAUAGUCAAGUAGAGCCUGAGGAACGGUCCUCCCCUGGAUUUGAUGUUCUUGUUCAUGAUGAAUCUGGGAACAACCUGGGUUAUGAGGGCGGUUCUGAAUAUUUGCCAGUGCUUGAUAUGGAUGACCAUGAACUGAAUGAGCAAUACUUGGGUUAUGAAUUUAAAAACACAAAUGAUUACGACACCAUGUGCUCAGGCGCUGAUAUUCUUUAUGAACGGAAAACAUAUGAUGAUUACAGAUGUUUUGAUAGGGAUUUUACUAGUCCUAGUGAAAGGAAAGUUUGUGGUUAUCCCAGAGAGAUGGUCUUAGAUACUAUAUUUUCCAGGAAAAGGAUUCGAAUGUCCACUUCUGAGAUGGCUGCUUGUGAUUACUCUGACUUAGAUCUACGUCACCAUCUGAGAAGACGCAGGGAGGUCAAUAGUCCUCCUGACACAGGUCUCUUAAGAAGACAUGAGUCGUCUUCUUUGAUGGUUCAAAACCGGGAAAGGCGUCACAGCCAAGACAUUGGUCAGCAGCAAAAUAGAAGAUUAACAUCACAAGUAGGAUUUAGUUCAAUCAGAGAAGUUGAAGAUCUUUCAAUUGCCAACAAGCAAAGGUUAUUCAGGCCUUACCAACAAAGUAGGCCAAGAAAGCACUAUAGAGAAAAACCAGCUAAACGGCCAUUUCCUUCUUCUAAAGAAUCCAGGAAACCAAUUGUGAAGCAACAGAGAUCUAUUCAGAAAUCCAAUGCAUUUUCAGGGCCCAAGACUCUUGCAGAAAUAAAAGAAGAGAAGAAAAAGUCCGGUGAAAGUUCACAUUGUGAAAGCUCGUCAGCUGGUUUCCAGGAUCCCAAACCUCUGCAUGAAAUUCUCAAAGACAGGACCAUGGAUUGAGUGAGAGAUGGCAAUACCUGCAACAAUUGAAUCAUGAGAUUAAAAUGACUGAUGAUUCAAAAGACUAAUAUUCUUUCUGAAGAUAAUGAGAAAAAAUUGGCUUCAGGCGUUUUCUUUGUGUUUUUUAGGUUGAAAAUUGAGGUGCUUUCUAGCAUCCUUUAGUGUGCUGGAUGACCCGAUCAUUGGUAUGGUUAGAUGGUGAAUAUGUUUUUGUUCGAGCGAGGUUAAGAAGAACUCUUAGAUAAGUGUUUGAGUGAAAGAGGUAUCUUCUGUAGUUAGUUGAAUAUGUUGAUUUGGACAACGGCACUUAAAUCUAGAGAGUUGAUCACUGAUUUGCAUGAUAUCUUGUGUGUGUUUGAUUUUUGGCCUACUUGUUUUUUGUCUAUAAAGCUGCUUAUGACUCA